GCCAUGUUUGUACUAUUCUGGUCGUGAAUGGAUAUCACUGCCGCAUAGAAUCUGUUUCCUUUGAUAGUCUCACGUUUUGUACCGUCAAAACGGUGGAAUACCAAAGAUAAAUGCUCUCUCAAGUUGUAUAGUCAAACUCUAAGCGGGACGCGCCUUGCACCAUGUCAGCCAACGCUCAGAAUUAUGGCUUUGAUGAAUAUGACAAACCUGGUGCUGAGCGGACACGCAGGAGGAGAGGUGAAGAUGACGAUCUAGAGAGUGAUUUGGAAGAAGAGUUGUUGCAGGACGAUUGGCUGUCAGUUAAAAAGAAUCCUUCAGAAGUGUCUGACGAAGAGCUGAAUGAUGACCUUUUACAAAGUGACAAUGAAGAUGUAAAUAUAAGUGGUCAGGAUAUAACCCUCAAUGCCUCCUACCGCUUGGGCGCACCCUAUGGCCAGCCGGACAACUCGCAGGCAGCAGACUACACAGAUGACGUUGUGAACCUGGGUGCAGAGGGCUGUGAAGAAGGGGAUGUAGAGGUGGGGGGGUACCAGCAUGGGGGGGAAGAAGAGUACACACAAGAAUACAGCCAAGACAACAACACAGAGAUGCCCGAAAACCAAAUGGAUUACACCGGAGAGGUAGCGGAGGGUGACGAUGGCUACCAAGACGAAGUGCUAGACAUCCAAAUCAAUGAGCCCAUAGAUGGUGAAUUUCAAGAUGAUGAAUAUCAAAACUAUGAUGAGCGACUGGGUGAACAUAGAGUCCAACGGGAGGAGAUCCCCGAGGAGCAGGAGGCGGGAGGGGGAGAAGAGCAGCAACAGCAGCAGGAGGAGGAGCAGGAGGAGGAGGAGGAAGACGCAGCCGAAGGCUCUCGGGUCAUUGACACAGAUGAGGUUGAAAAUGAAACUGUGCCUGAAGAAGAAACACAGGAGGAAUCGGACGAGGAGGAUGAGGAAGAUGAAGAGUCUGGUCGCAUACGGUUUAAAUCUGAGAGGAAGGACGGUGCUGUUGUGCGGUUGGCUGAUGCAGGCAGCAACAGGAGGAGUAUCCCUGAAACACUCGAACUGUCAGAGAAGGCCAAGCAAGAUCUGAUGCAGUUUGAGGAACAAGAACGGCAGAAGAGACAAAAUCGAUAUGGAGGCCGAGGCAUGCGAGGAGGCAGAGGAAGAGGAGGCUUCCCACCUUUUGGAAUGGUCGACUUCAGAGGAGGAAACCGAGGAAGAAUGAUUGACCACAGGAUCCCCCUGAUGGGAAACAUGGGCAUGCAGCAGCCAUCCUCCCGAAUGCCUCUUCCUCAUCAGCAGCAACUGCACUCCCAGCAGCAGCACCACCCUUCACGUCCAAGAGGACCUCCUCCGUUCCAAGACCACGGGCGCCCGCUGGCCCAGCAGCCCCUUCAGCCCCUCAUCCCCCCGCACAUGGCGCACCGCUCCCCUCCGUUACGGCCCCAGAUGGAACCGCCACCACGAAUGAUGAGCUCCCCGCCGCCCAACUUCCCCCAGCAUCACCAGCAGCAGCCUCCGCAGUCCAAAAACAUCCACAUCAACCCCCAUUUCAGAGGGCCCACGUCAUCCUCUGUACAAGUGCCCUUGAUGCCUCCUGCUCAGAGCCAGCCCAGACCUGCUGUGGGUCCUCAGAGGUUCCCUGGACCGGGAGACUUCCAGCAGCACAUGACUGGUAAUUUUGUUCAGCCCCAGCGGCCCCCUCAUCACAUGGAGCCCUUUAGGAACCAGCCACCUCAAGGACCCCAAGACAGAGAGCCGCUCUUUAUGGGAGAGCGCACAGAGUCAACACGGUUUCCAGGACAGCACAUGUUUGAUCACCAGGGCCCCAGCCCUCUGAUGAACAGCAGCCACAACCUCCAUCACCAGCAGCACCAGCAGCAGCAGCAGCAGCAGCAGCAGCUGCCUGGCCAGGGCCACAUGGGCUUCGGCCCACCAGGACCAGCCUUCAACCAGCCGGGCCAGGGUUCGCUGGGGAUUUUUCCGAGAGAACCCCCAAGAACAAACCUCCCUCCCCACCAAGGUCAUCAGGGGAUGGUCGGGUUGAAUCAACAAGGUGGCCCCCCCAACCAGCCCAGACCCUUCAUGGGCCCUCGUCAGCCGUUUGGCCAGCAGGGGAACCUUUUCCUCCCUCCACAAAUCCAGUUUGGGAUGCAGGUACGACAAAGAGGCUUAAUGCACGGCCCUCCUGUCUCCCAGCUUUCGCAUCACGACUCCUUGCCGUCCCAUCAGUCCAUGCACCAGCAGCAGCAGCAGCAGCAGCAGCAGCACCAUAAUAGGCAGGAGUUGCCCCAUCAUCAGCAGCAACAUCUAAAUGUCAACGAGCCUCGCCACAUGAUGCACCACGGCCAGAAUCUUUUCCAUCAACAGCAGGCACACGGUAGCCCGAGGCAGAUGACUCCCCGCCCUCAGAACCCCCAACAGCGCAACAUGGCCAACCGGCAGCGGAUGAACGUGCCUCUCUCCAAGCAAAUGCAGCAGCGCAACAGCAACCUCCGGGAGCUCCCUGUAGCACCUGGCAACGCGAACAGUGCCCGCCCCGCCGCCAACAUUAGGCCUGUUGCCAAGGCAACACAGGGGAUGCGUCCGGGGCAGCACACUCAGCUGGUGCCCGACGGUGGCCGAGGAAGAGGCCAAGCUGCUGCCAAGAUCGAACCGCAGCUCGGAGGAGCGGGCAGGACGGUGGUUCGCAAGGAGAUCCCAAGCACACUGUCCAGCCCGGCACCACAGGACCCUGAUGAGGAUGAGGAGACACGGCAGUACCGUCUGAAGAUUGAGGAGCAGAAGCGUCUGAGAGAAGAGAUCCUGAAGAGAAAGGAGAUGCGACGGCAGAUGCAGGCUGGCGUCAGAAAGAAGGAGCUGCUGGACAGGCUCAAUGCUCAGACUCAGAGCCAGGGCCAGUCUCCUUCACAUAUUCAACCCUCACAACAGAAUCAGCUCACGCCACACCUUAUGCAACAACCACAACCACCACAGCAACAACUACAGCAGCAGCAACAACUACAGCCACUACAGCAGCAACAACUACGGCAACAACUACAGCCGCAACAGCAGAGACAGCUUCCUCUGAGGACACAACAAUCAUUGAAUCAAUCAUUAAAGAAUCCCAAUCAAGGCACCCCCAUCCCUCCCAACGGCAGUCCUCAGAUCCCUACACCACGUCCCAAUGUCAAGACACGCCUGCAGAUGGUAAAAGGUGGCGCCCAGCAGCAACAGUCCCCCGGGCCAGUUCCAGACCAGCAAUGGAAGCUGCCUCCACAAAUUCAGCAGCAGCUGCAACAACAACAACAGCAGCGAAGGAACAGUGCUGUGCUGAACGUAAACAGGCCUGCUGCUCAGAUCCAGUCCAUUCAGGGCCCCCAACAGAACAUACCUGUAACUCCCUCUGUGGGACCUGGCCAGGCUCAGGCUCUAACUCAAGGACCCAAACCUGGGGCUAAAAGAACUGUGAUGCAGCGGGCCAAGAAUUCUAGUUUCGAAGGCCAGCAGGUGCCACAAAAAGUCAGAGUCGUCAAACUUUCAGGAGCGAGUGGGAACGGCCCAGUGGCAGCCGGAGACCCGGUGCAGCAACAAGGCACCUGGGCGGCCACCCCGCUCAACCCGGCCGGGCAGCGGAAGGUUACAAUGUCGGGGCAGCAGCAGCAGCAACAACAGGCACCAAGCGGGACACCACAGGCAGGCCGAGGGGUCACGGGCAACCCACAGCAAAACAGGGUCGUCGUGUCAGGUCGAGGUAGAGGGGCUGGUCCGGCGGGUCGGGGUCGUCCAAUGGCCACCAGACAGAGCCAAAGAGGAACGGAGAACGAACGCUGCACUGUGUCCAUAGAGGGCCUCUCUUCAUCCACCACUGACAUUCAACUGCAGAAUCUUCUCCGGUCCAUUGGCCCCAUAGAGAUGUUCAAAAUGAUGCACCAGCAGAGGAAAGCAGUCGCCACAUUUUCCAGUCCCCAGCAUGCAGAAAGUUUUCAAAUGAGCUUCCAUAGGCACAUGAUUGAUUUGUCCCACAUUGAUGUGUCGCUGAUUGACUGAUGAGGAGUCCCGUCACAAGGAGUCCUCUUCCUCCCAACGUGGGAGCCUCUCUCCUGCACUGCUCCGACUCGGCAUAGGAAUACUUCUUCAGCCCUUUGUGGGGGGGGUCACGCACACAGUCGCCAUCUCUGAACGGAAGCGUCAUUCAUCUCCUAUCAACUUGGAACAGUGAACAUAAAGACUUUAGCUGCGAGCAUGCCUUUGUUUUUGACUUUGUGUACCGAUUGUCCAUUGUUGUGAAAAUGGCACCGGAGAGACACUGGACAGUUAAUCCUACUUUAAGGAAGCUAGUGAAGAAUGCUUUGAGCAUCUUCCACGGACACUCAGUAGAACUCAUCACGGGAUAAUGGUUGCUCCCCUCCUCAGUUAGUCAUUAAAACACUUAAACAUUGUAAUUCUUAUAUAACCACUUCAUAGUCUUUUUUUUUUAUUAUUAUUUGCCGCUUGCUGUUUGGUUGGGUGCAGGCGAUGGUCGUGGCAGACUGUGGCCAGCUUCUUCCCAUCGCAGUGUUUCUCCCCUGCUGUAGGUGGCAGUGUUUCAUCACUAAUUCAUUUCUUUCCAUCUCAAUCCCGCUUUCAGGUAGAGACGUCUCCAUGCAGUUUUUGGGUGAAUGGCACCAUCUAGUGGAGACCUUGCAUACAGGCACAGAGGUGGACAGUUGAGUAUUUAUCACAGAGUAGUGACCGAGAUCAAAUCGGCGUUGGAUGUUACAUAAAUACGUUUUUUUUUCUAAAUUACCAGCGCUUUUACAAGUUGUAGAUGUUGAGACUCUUUGUAUAUUUUGUGGUGCUUUUCAGCUUCUGGGACAUAGUGUUCAUCUCUAGUUCAGGUCAGUUUGGUCAUUGUGGCGUCGCUCCUUGUUCUAAAAGCUUCCAUCUUUUAACUGUUGCCUGGAGUCCAAUUUGGGAAAAAAACGUUUCACGCAUUUUGGAUGUAUAUUUUAGUUGUAUUGAUUGAUUAUGGAUUAGUUAGAUUUAGGAUUGUAAUUCGUGUUUAUUGUGCUUUUGAGGGAAUGUGUAUGUAAGAUUUAUUUGAGAUUUUUUUUUAGAAUUGUCAGUUACUCGGCAUAUAUUCGGUACGUCGGAGAGAACUGCUGACGAUUCCCCGAAGGAUCCGUUUCUGUAGCCGUUUCCUCCGUUCCGUUAUAAUUGAUCCAGAUCUGCGUGACUGUCUGUUGAUGAUCGGUGCCCAAUCACUGAGCUGCAUGGCUGUGUGUGUGUGUGUGUGUGUGUGUGUGUGUGUGUGUGUGUGUGUGUGGGGGGAACGGUUUGAGCUGAUGACAGAGAUGUCCGUCAGUGGAGCAGAACAGUAACUCACCAGAUUACUUCUGCCCGGAAAUGUAAUCUCCCUCAUUUUAACAAAGCCAUCCUUUAUCACCCGACCUAAAGAAGCAUUUCUUCACGACACAUUUUAAGUAACAGUCGUACAAUCGCUAACGCAUUCGCCUUUUCUCUGAACUUCACUGAAAUCCUUGAAUUUUCUAAAUAACUUCCUGGUCUGGCUCUCAUGACAUCAUUAUUAGACUAGAUAUAUAGCGACUAAGGCUCACUUACUUAUUCCAUCAAUUUUUUCUUCAUCGCACAAUUUCUUUGUCUAUUCCGGGUGUAAAGUUUGUUAAACAAAAACUUUUUAAGACAUUAGUUACCCGUGUUUACUGAUCAUUUAAGAUCAGAGGUGAACGUCGCGUACGUCGCUCGCAGGAAGCCGAGGGGGCAACCAUUAUCUACGUAGUGAUCGUGUACAUAAGUAGACCACAACUUUCUCCCAGUAUUCAUCCUGUUGAUUUUUGUUUCUUUUAAAAGAUACUCUUUACUUGCGUUUGUAUCACGUUUAAACAUUUUUACAUGUAAGGAUAUACUGAUGUGUCCAGACAUAAAUCAUUUUACUCGAGUUUUGUUUCUGAUUUGGAUUCAAAAUGAAGGAUGACUGGACCACAUUUCUGUUUAUAAGAUACUUGACAAAAAGUGUAAGGGAAAAUAAAAACAUGGCCAAUAUACCGUGAACAUGCGGGUAUGUGAAGCCGGUUGAACUUUAGCCCAAAGAUGUGUGGUUGUGUGUGAUGUCCAUCUUUCUGUUGCCUUUACGAUGAAUAAUCCUUCUUAUUUGUCCUGCGUUUUUAUUCAUUUGAGGUAUUCUGUAAGGUCCGGGGUAACAUAUCACACACACUUCAAAAAACCUCUUAAACACCUUGUAUGGCAAGACAUACUACCUUUUAUAUAGAUUUAGGGUGAUGCCACUGAAUUUUGCCAUUGAAAUUAUUUCCUUCAUCUCCAGAAACGCAAGAAUGUUUGUCCCGCCCAUUUGACUGUGAUGUCAUACGAAUGUUCGGCUGCCUACAGCCCUGACAUGCUAGAGGUAAAGCAAUAGGCUGAGUAAAUAUUUAAACUAUUUCACUGGAUUUGAUUUAUGCAAAGAUCAAAUUGUAACAUGAAGACGUUCAUACAUUCUCUGUUAGUACAUAAACUCCUGGCUGUGCAUCUGGAUGACAUCACAGAUGAAGUUCUUGGUUCUCUGGUUUUAAGUCUUCAGAAAAAGUUUGUUCACAAGUGCCGAGUGGCCACUAAUCCUGACUGCAUGUGUGAAUCUAAUUCAGAAAUUUAGUGGUAUUUCCCUCAAAGUAGCGGUUGAUUGAAAGGAGUGACGAUCCUUUUUUUUAAAGUUUUAAAAUGCACAUUGGUAAUUCUUGCCAGUAAAGGUCUCUAGACGCUCAACACGCUUGAAGUGUUGGGACAGUCUGGCCGCCUUUAAAAGUCUCUAAACUCCUAAAAAUUCCUCCUUUCUUCAUGUAAAACACGAGGUUCCGUGGUUUUCUUUUUUUGUAUGUUCUAAACUGUCUUCUUUAUGUUUUAUUCCUUUUUGUUUUGAGUGUAAAUGAUGUAGUGGUUUUUGUUCCCUAACAAUGUGUACUUCAUGUCUUUCGUGUUGUGGGUCACUUGAUUUCAGUGUUUGUAGUAAAUCCUGUGGAUUUGAAAAAGUACCGGCCGUGCCGGUGUUAGUUAUCUCGCUACAAGACAUCUGGUCGUGUAAUCACAGAGCAGAUUCAUAUUGAAUCUUUUGUACCUUAAUUUUAAGAAUUUCGUACAUGAAUGUUUUUCCAAUCACAUCCCCUCAUGUGGUUGCAGUAGAGUAUUUAACAUUUGAUUAAGAAAGACUCAUCCUUGACAUAUCUAUGGGUCUUUCUUGUGCUUGCAUAAGCCUUAAUUAUGGCUGCUAGUGUUGAGCUUUGUUUCAAACGUG